AUGAGAAAAUCAUAAAGUUCAUUACUGUUUAAAUCUUCCUUAAUGAGUCAAAGAUAAACACUUCCUGAUCUCAUUUAAAAAAUUGGAAUGAGAUUUGCUACUUAAUAUGAAUUAACUACUCAGAAUAAUAUUCAAUCUAAUCCAAAUUAACUAGAACUCAUUAGGAUUCAAGAAAAAUAUAAAUGGAAAUGUGAAGAACUCGAUAGAACAAGGCAGUCCAUAGAGAGAGAACAUAAGACUUUAGAAGACAGAGCAAAUGUAAGUUUUUUUUAAAUUUAAGCAAUUAAGAAGUGGUGAGAAGGAAAUGAGAAUACUAACUAACUUAAUUGAAGAAAAGCUCAUUUAAUUGCAUUCGCAAGAACAAUAAUUUCGGGAAAAAGUGUAAUCUUUUGAAUAAAAAGUAAAAGAUCGAGAAUAACAGUUUAUUUUACUUCAACAAUAAUUAGAGGAAUAAUCAAAUUAAUUGAAUAUUGAAAAAAAUACACUAUUAAUGAGAGAAAAAGGCAUCAAAGAAAAAGAAUAUCUCAUUGAGUUGAAGUCUAAGGAGAUUGAAUAGUAUCUAUCUAGAUUAAAGUAUUACACCUAAAAUACAAAUCAGAAAGAGAGUAAGUUUUUAGUUUAAUAUAGAUUAUUAUCAUAAAUAGAUUGACAACAUCAAUUUACAUUUGUAAACAAUUCUUCAACAUGAAAUUUCGAUUAAGAAUAUCGAAUAAGAAUUGUCAUUCAAGGUCAAUUCACUUGAGAAAGUUGAGUAAAACUUGAUUCAAAAACUCUAAAACUGCAAAUAAUCUGAAUAGAUUUUCGAUUAAUAAGAAUUAAAAAUAUAAGUUAGUGAAGAUUUAAUCAAUCGUAAAUUAGAAUGGGAUCAAAAACAAAUUGUUUCUGCUAAAAAUUCUAAAGCAUCAUAAUUUAAUUUCGAAAAUUCGAGAAUGGAAAUUUCUCAUUUUGUUCAUUCUGCUCUAUCUUAAAAUCAUUGA